GACCCGGCGUCGUGGUUCGCGGUGCACCUGGUGGCGCACGCGGUGCGGGCGGCGCCGGAGCUGAGGCAGCGGCUGGCGGCGGGCGCCGCGGCCGGUGGCCGCGACAGCGUGCUCACGGUAGCCUUCAGGCUGGUCGCGCCCCUGGGGCGCGCCUACCGCUCCGGCCAGCACGCCUCCGCUGGCGCGUCCCUCUGCGCGGCGCUGCGGCUGGUGGCCGAGUGGUGCGACGCGUGUCCCGAUGCCGUGCGCGCCGUGGUGGGCUCGCCCGCGACCCUCCCGGAGCUCAUCGCGCUGCUAGAGGCGCCCGUCGCGGACGCCGCCGCCGCGGUGCACGUGCGGGGGCUGGCGGCGCUGGCGCUCGGCACGUGCCUCCUGGAGCUCGCGGGCGCCCGAGGGGGCGGCGGCGACCCGGGCGGGCCGCUCGACUCGGCGGGGCUGAUGCAGCAGAUCGCCUCGCGCGUCGGCGUGGACGCCUUCACGCGCGCGGGCGAGGCGCUGCAGGGCGCGCUCGCCGGCGCCCGCGGGGGCGCCGCGGCCGAUGGAGGCGUGCAGCGCUACGACCCCGCCUUCGCGUCCUUCGCGGCCGGGCAGUUCCGGCAGGUGCAGGACACGAUGGUGAAGCUGUGGCUGGCCCAGGGCACCGCCCUGCAGGGCAUGGCGGCCGACGUGGCCGAGCACUUCAAGGACGGUAUCCCAUCUCUGCAUCUUGUGCCGUAA